AUGAAAAAUAUACAAAAUAAAGAAUUGUGUACCGGUUUCGCAAUCAACUUUACAUUCAUUAAAAGUGAUGAUUUAGUGGAAUUAUGGGAAAGCUACGGGAUUACAAAUGCUGUCGACGUUCUCAAGGCAUAUAACAUCGAGAUGGACAGAGAACUAAGUCACACCAAGUUAGCUGCCGUACUUGAAGAUGAGUUGCUGUUUACUGCUGAUCAUAGUCCCAAGUUACAGGCCGCCAUUAUCACCUGUCUCCAGGAAUGCAAAAAUCUGAGGUGUCUACUGGAAGAAGCAUCUCAGGAGAAAGAUCGUCUCAUUAUUGGUCUGCGGGAAUCGAACAUACGCAGUCAGAUCUUGGCUGAAGAAGAUGAUGAGAGACAUGCCGCUUUAGAGAAAACUCUGCAACAUAGACUACAGUCAGUGGAAGGUUUUUACCAGGAGCAAAUCAAGAACUUAAAAGAAGAACUGAAAAAAGAUCGAGAGGAACGAAUGGAUAUGAUAGACGAACAUGACACAAUGAUAGAAAAGAUGAACAACUCCUAUGAAGAAGAUAACAAGAAGUUAAAGGAAACCUUGGUUGCUACACAAGAGGAUUUGCGCCAAACUCAAGCGGAACUCAACGAAUCACGGGAAAGAUUGAGAGACAUGGAAAAACAGAAGCAUAAACUCCAAUACCAGCUGAGUGUGGAGAAGCUGAAGACUGGUGGCAAGAAAUCAUUUUCGGAACAGAAGGAAUUAAUGCAAGUCACCAGUGAUGCACACAGUUUGAUGCGACAGCAAAUCUCGCAGCUUCAAGAAGAGAACAAGAUAUUAGGAGAUCGCCUUGAGGAAUUGAGUCCACAGAACAGACGCCCAAAUCAUCGAAACAUCACUGGGAAGAACUUGGCCAGAAGCAUGAGCUUGCGUGAGCAGUCAUUGGGAGAAAUGUUCCCAGGUUCAAUCGACAUCUUGAACAGGAUACCCCUUCGUGGGACAGAUCGCGAUGAGUUUAGCCAGAUGCAGCGAGAACUGAAGCAACUGAAAAAGAACAUCGAGAUCGAACAUAAAGAAAUCGAACACGCUUACCUGAUAGAAAUUGCUCAGAUCGAGGAAAGACAUAGCUAUGAGAUGGCAGAAACUUUGAAGCAGGCUACCAAAGAAAAGGAAAAAUUGCUGGAAGAGCAGGCCAAACGACAACAGGAACGUCUCGCUAAACUGGAGAAAGAGUUACAGACUCAGUUUGCUAUUGAGAAACAAGAUCUUUUAUUGAAACACGAAUCUGAGAAAAAUCUUCUUGAGCAGAAACUGGCUGAGGACAAGAUCCGUUUGACAGAAAUGUUACGUUCUGAAUAUAUGGAAGAUUUACAAAGGAAGAUUCGUGAGCUAGAAAGAUGUUUCAACAACGAACGAGAGCAAUGGAAGAAACUCGGUUGGCCUGUGCGCCAGGAGUCGCCCGACACUAACCCUGUGGAAUUAGCUCGGACUGCAGUCAGCCUACCCCUUGCCCUGGACAACGCUCCCAGUCCUGUCUCUGAGGGUUUCAGUGAAACUAGUUCUAACUCAUUUACCACCAUCUCUGUAGCCCACUCCACUGGUUCCGCAACACUUACUGAUGUUGCAGUUGCCACUGUUAAUACUGUUAGUAGUUGUAGUAGUAUUAGUAGUGGUAGUGGUGGUGUCGGCGGUGGUAGUAGUGAAAUUACUUUCGCCACUUGUUCUGUUUCGUCUAGUGUUGAUAAUCCUCCUCCAUGUCCAAGUUCAUUUCCAAAAAAUGUUUCCUUCAACAAAGAUAAAGACGAAGACGCCAGUAUACCCACUGCCACUGAUUCGACAGGUUCCAGAGCCAUGUCCACUUUGCCGGAUGAUAUUCAGGAAGUUACUUUAGAGUGUGUCCCACACCAUUACUGCACAAAGAAUACUCGGAACAGUGGAACGAAAGAGAAUGAAGACAUCAUCGACAACGACAGGAACAACGACGAGAACGACGACGAGAACGACGGCGAUGACGUGGACGACGACGACGACGACGACAGCAAUAGUGGGGCCAGUGAAAAUCUGGCCAUUCAGAGAAGAAACAGCAAGACUAUAUAUGACGAUUAUAAGGCAAACGACUCGAAAUCCUGCGAAGACGACGUGGUUGAUGGAAGCCCUGAUAUCCCUUCAAGAGAACCACAACCACAACAACAGCAACAGCAAUCUCAACAACAGCGUCAGGAGCUAAGCGACGGAGACGAGAAGAAAGUGAUUAUACAGCUUUGUUGCAUGGAACAACUACACAAUGUAGACAACAUUCAUCUCCAGCGAAUUUUUGACAAGGACAUGGAUGCUAAAUUGAAAAAUGCCUUCAUUAAAGCGCUUACCAAACAUCGAAAUGAGGAACUGCAGAGAUCAAACAAAUUGGACCAGGACGAAACAGCAAUUGAAUAUAACGACUUUGCUGACAGCCGGAAGUUCCCACGCUUGUGGGUUAGAAGAGCAUCAGACGAGCCGAAAACCAAAUUGACACCAUUACAACGAUGUCGGGAAAAAGUUCUGAAGAUGGAGAAUGAUCGCAGGUUGCUGACACAGAAAUAUGAAGACAAACUGCGUCAACAAGAUCGAGAAAUACAAAAACUGAGAAAUAAAUUUGUUGAGAUGUCAGACACACCGAAAGAUUAUUCUGUUAAAACGGCUGUCACCAAACUUGGGUACCAUUUACUGUUCCCGCGUCAGAAAUACAAUAAAUCGACCCAAACUGAUCGCAGGGGCCAUCUGCAUCGAAACAUGUCGGAUUUACAUCUCAAGUGUUUCUACCAAGAAGAGAAAUUAUAUAACUUGGAGAAAGAACUUUCGCAACGAGAGGAACAUUCAACCACUAUCAUGAAAAAAGUGGAAGAUACUUACAGAAAUGUCAUCAACGAGAUUGAGGGCGAGAGGGAACAACUAAAACACAAACUUAUAUCAACUGAAGAAGCAUUUCAGGAUCAGUCUGGCAAACUUCUUGAACAGCAAUCCAAGAGCAAGAACCGAGAUCUGCUACUGAAAGACCUCUACCUGCAAAAUGCUGAACUGAUGAGGUCAUUACAACAGCUGGAGGAACAACUUCGCAUCGGGGACCAGAAAAACAUGCAACUGGAAGAGAAAUGUCGUGUCUUGGACAAAGUCUUGCAAAAGAUUUUGGUUGAUGAUGCCUAUGAUGACCUGGUACCAGACAGUUACAAAAACAAUAACAACACCACCGCCACCACCACCACCACAACCAACAGCAGCAGCAGCAACAACAACAACAACGGGAAGAAAGAUGAGGUCAAGAGGAAAAGUAGGUCAGGGGAAAUCUCCCUAGUAAAACCCGAUGUAGACAUAAGCUCAGAAAAAAACCGAACUCGAAAACUUUUUGAAUUCGGUCGAAAUAAAAGACAAUUUGAAAGAAACCUGCAAGAUCGCAAGAAGCGUGAACUCUUCUUAAAAAGUCGGCAUUUAAGCUGUGAGUUCUUCACCUCGCUGAAGAAUCCAUAUUGUGAGAAUAUGGCUGAUAUUUAUCAAUGUAAUGUAGAAAGCGGAUUUAUUCUUGAUGAGAUUAACAGAGUUAUGGAAAAUCUGUUCCAAUUUCUGGAUGCCGGCCUCAGUAAAGAAAGAGACGGCUUGGAAUUUGCCAACGGCAACAAUUUAACUUCCAAAGAUACUGCAUGCAGUGAGAUCCUUCGUUGCAGAGAACUUGGGUCUCUUCAGGAUUCAACUCAAAAUCUCGGAGAAAAUCAAACGCAUUCUGUUUCUCUGAGCGAAGAAUUUCCAAGAAUUGAUGUUUAUACAGACGCGGAGGAGGACGGUAAAGAGAGUGAUUUGGAGGACGAGAUUGGUAUAAGGGUUGAUACAGAGAUAAAAGAUGGCGAAGAUGAUACCAUAUCGUAUUCUGAUGACUAUUCACUCGAAUUCAAUCGCAGCACUCACUUGGACAUAUUAGAUCAAACCAUGUUUAGUACGUAUUCCAAUUCAGUUAGCAGCCUUAGAGAAGAGAUAUGUGAACGGUUGGAUAGCUGCCAGACAGUGAGUUCUUACGUGUCAGCAGAUGAAAAUAUCAAUGAUAACACUGAAAACGACAGUGAUGAAGCAGAGUAUGCUGGGUCCUGCACCAGUAAGAAUAUCUCUGAUAGUGCUACUAACCGGACCUACACAUGUAAUUAUGUCCCCAAAAUAGUCAAAGAAAAGGAUAAACAUGAGGAAAUUGUAGUUAAUGAUGAAUAUAACGACGACGACGACGACGACGACGAUGAUGAUGCUAAUUAUGACGAUCUUAGUUUUGAUAAUGAAACAGACGCGACUGAAAUCGACGAAAACGUGUUUGCAGACGACAACGUGUUUGCAGACGACAACGUGUUUGCAGACGACAACGUAUUUGCAGACGACAACAACGACUACGAUAAUGAUAUGGGUGUCAUCUGUGAAGAUUUAGUGUUUCAUCCGAACUCAAAGCAUUCCGAUAGUCCAAAUGCCGAAGAAAGAAAUGACGUAAAUGUUGAAUUAUUGGCAAUCAAAGAAAAACAACCAAUGGUAAAGUUUGAGUUGGAAUCGAUAAAUGAGGAAACAUUAGAAAGUAAGAGUAACGAGAUUCUAGAAAUGGAGAACGAGGCAGCCGAAAUGAAGAAAAUAGCUGUACAAAUUAAACACUGGGCUGAAAAAAUUGAAAAGGUGGUUGUAAAAAUUGAAAGCGAGGUUGUAAAAAUUGAAAACGUGACUGAAGAAAUUGGACAAAAUAUAGAACAAGAUGUAUAUAUGGAAACAAAGGAUGAAGAAAUCCAAAACAACUCUGAAGUAAUUAGAAAAGAUGAUCAAAACGAUAAUGAGUUGGUAGAAAAUGAAAGCAAAACUGUUCAAGUAGAAUACGAUUGUAGUGAGAUUGACAUGAAGGAGACAAAUUCUGUUUGGUUAACAGAUGACGAAAGGGAAUUAAUUGCAUCGCAGAGUCGAAUGGAAUUCUUGGAAGAAUUGUCUGUAAAUUACAGCAUUCUUCAACGAUUCUUGCUGAUAAGCGAUGAUCCUACAACAGGAGCAAUGAUAUUACCUGUUGUUCGUUGGAUGUGGGAUAUUUUUAAACGAAUGCAAUAUUAGGGACGAAGAACUGAAAUAAUUUUUUAGUGGGGGGUGCCUAGUGGAAAUGACUGUGUGAGUAAGCUGUUAGUUUCUUAACAACAUUAACUCUUGGAGGCUUCCAAGUGGCCUUCGGAAUAUCUAUUUAACAAUCAAUUAAUUUAUUCUAUGCAUUUUAUGAACAAUGAUAUCAUUGGUUAUAAGUUUAUAACGAGUUAAUCAUUGCUUCAAUGCAGUUUUGAGAAUAACAAAGGAGUGUCUGUACAUAUCAGGCGGAAUAAAUGCCACAAGGUAUUUUUGUUCGAGAUACCGGUUUAACGGUUUUCUUAUUGAUGUAUAUAUUUCACACACACACAUACAUACAUACAUACAUACAUACAUAUACAACGGUCUUCCGUCUAUCAAAUUAUUUCAAUGACAAAGCAUUAGUGAAUUCGAAGCUAUGUGCUGUGUAGUGAAAUCGAACCCGAGGCUACAUGGCUACCAAGCAAACUUGUUAAUCUCAUAGCCAUGCCUGCACUUGGAGAAGAAUUAGCUGUUUUGAAAGCCAAUGGGCAGUCGUGGGAUCUAAUUGACACAACUAAUUGAUUAAAAUCGUGUCAUCACAAUUUAAUUAGCUUGAUUCAAUUAGUUUUGGUGAUGGUGAGGAACUGCAAGCAUAUUGGAUUAAUGUAACACCACUAGAGAUUUCAUCUUUGUAGAUUUUGAGUAAAUCAUCCUGAAAAAGCUAACUCCUCUCCAAGCCGGCUUCAUCCAAGAGGUUAUAAAAAAGCGCGCCCGAUGCUGUCCACAUCAUUUACUGACAUCUAAGCAUGUCUUUAGGUGAAAUGAAAAUAAAUAUUCAAUAAUUGACUAAGUAAAUGGAAAUAAAACAUUGAAACAAA